CCCUCGGCCACUCCCCCUUGGUCCUGGAAGGACCCCCAGCCCGGCGAGAAGAUGGCGGCGCCCAGCGGCCAGGUGGUGGCCGGGGAUUUCGGUUUGUGGCUGGAGCAGCGGCUGGAGGAGCUGGGCAUGGACCCGGCCGUGUACCCGGCCUACAUCCAGGGGGUCCUGCGAGAGGAGGACGACAACCACGAGGAGAGGGACGAGGCUCUCAGGGGCAUCCUGGCCGCCUUCCUGGAAGAAGAUUCAAUAGAGGAGGUGUGCCUCGAGAUUGUUACCAAAUGGUAUGAAACUCAGAAUUCUGGCCCUGCACAGCCAAAACAAGAAGAUGAAGUACAGGCUCUUGCCAGCAUGAUUGAGAAACAAGCCCAGAUUGUAGUGAAAGCCAAGGAAGUGUCCGAGGAAGAGCAGCAAAGAAAGGCAGCCCUCCUGGCACAGUAUGCCAACAUCACAGAUGAUGAAGCUGAAGAGGAAGAAGCGGAUGCUCCCUGUGCUGCUGCUUUCAACCCCGAAAAAUCUCUCUUUAAAAACACCAACCUUGAAGAUGUGGUAAAUGCAAAGAAGCUGGAACGCGAUGCCUUAAAAGAUGCAUCUCAGAAAAAGAAAGACCAAGACAAGCAGCAAAGGGAGAAGGACAAGUUGGCCAAGCAGGAACGCAAAGACAAGGAGAAAAAACGUACACAGAAAGGCGAGCGAAAACGAUAAACUCAAUGAUUGAAGACUCUGGUUCGGGCAGGGUUAUUGGGGAGGUAGACUUUUGAGUAAAUCCCUUGCAAUUGGGGACACGGGCCUUUCUUUUCCUUGAGUAUUGAUGGGGUCCCUCAGGAACUGAUCGCCUGUCCCACAUCCACUGGAAGUGGGUUGUUCUCUACCAAGAGAACCAGGCUCACAUCCAUAGCUAGUGAAGAACUGACAUUGAAUACAGGUGUAAGAAGAUGAUGCUGCACUUGUUUGUGGUUGAGUGCAUUCGGACUUAUAGAAUGUCGUAAAAAGUAUCUCUUGUCCAGUGGAUUGAAUGACCAUGCAUUUGCCCUAUAGGGAUAUGCUGGACUAGUUAUGUAUUACCUUGGCUAUCAGAAGGGGUUUAACGUGUGCCAACCUUGGCAAGAUGAUUAAAGGUGCCAACUGCUCUCCAUGAUGUGUGACCUAUUUUCCAUUCCCCUCCGCACUGAAUGAAAAAUAUUUAUACAAUUUGUAUAUUAAUGUUUCAAAUAAACACUGCCUGGCAAACUGA